AUACAGAUAUGAUCUAGCAGCUGAGAGUCAUAUGCAUCCAUAGACUACAAACUCAUAUAGUAGAAGCUAGACAAUGGCAAAUAAGUCAGACAAGGUCUCUCAAUUGUUAGAGCCAUGGUCUGAUCUCAAAGGGAAGGUAGUGUUUAUUACGGGUGCAUCAUCAGGGUUCGGCUGGGAUUUCAGCAUUAACCUUGCUAGGGCUGGCUGCAAGCUCAUUGUUGCUGCUAGACGAGUUGAUCGACUUGAUGCACUUUGCCACCUCAUUAACAACAACUUCGAAUCCACCACAUCGAAUGCUCCUCUGGCAGUGCCCGUCGAGCUCGAUAUCACAUCGGAUCCUCCCGUCAUUGAGGCAGCUGUACAAAAUGCUUGGACGGCCUUUGGCAAUAUUGAUGUUUUAAUCAACAAUGCUGGAGUUAGAGGUGGCACAAAAACAACACUAGAUUUAAGCAACGAUGAGUGGAAUAGGGUAUUCAAGAUCAAUACAAAUGGAGCUUGGUUAUGUUCAAAAUACAUCGGCUCACGUAUGCGAGAUGCUGGUAAAGGCGGAUCAAUCAUCAACAUUUCAAGUAUAGACGGAUUAAACAGGAUCAAAGGCACGGGACGCCUUGCCUAUGGCACGUCUAAAGCAGCAUUGCACGCUAUGACAACCCAAAUGGCACAAGAACUUGGGACACACAACAUAAGAGUAAAUGCUAUAGCGCCAUCCAUAUUCCGAUCAGAAAUUACAAAGGGACUUUAUGAGAAGAAAUGGCUCAAGAAUGUGUUCGAUGCACAGGUUCCACUUCCAUUUUAUUUUGAUGCUCAAGUAGACCCGUCACUGACAGAAUUGGUCCGAUAUUUGAUUCACCCCGCAUCAAAAUAUGUGACGGGCAACAUUUUUAUAGUAGACGGUGGCAAUACACUUGCUGGUGUUCCCAUCUGGUCUUCCCUCUAAGACCUAACUAAUCUUUCACCUCCCUGUCAUUUCAAAAAUCACCGUGGAUGCAUCAUUAGUAUGUUUGUCUUGAAACAAUCGAAAUAACCCUUGAAUAUCUUAGCCGGUAGCCGGUAAAUUGUAUCUUAUACUAUCAGUCGAUCUGUGAAAAACAAGCGAUUAAAUAAAAGUCAUUUUCAUGUGUGUAUACAUA